UAUCUAUCUAUCUCCCCCAUUUCUCACUUCACCACUCUCCCGCCGUCCUCCUCCGCACCACCACCAAAACCCUAAACAGUUCUACAGAAAUGGGUCGCGUUAUCCGGGCGCAGCGUAAGGGAGCGGGUUCCAUCUUCAAGUCACACACCCACCACCGCAAGGGCCCGGCCCGCUUCAGGUCACUCGACUUCGGCGAGCGCAAUGGCUACCUAAAGGGAGUCAUUACCGAAAUCAUCCACGAUCCCGGACGCGGCGCGCCGCUUGCACGCGUCACCUUCCGCCACCCGUUCCGCUUCCAGCACCAAAAGGAGCUUUUUGUCGCCGCCGAGGGCAUGUACACCGGGCAGUUCAUAUACUGCGGUAAGAAGGCGAAUCUGGUCGUUGGAAACGUUCUUCCGCUCAGAUCUAUUCCGGAGGGAGCUGUUGUUUGCAACGUCGAGCACCACGUUGGGGAUCGUGGCUCUUUUGCUAGGUGCUCUGGUGACUAUGCUAUUGUCAUUUCCCACAACCCUGACAAUGGCACCACUAGGGUUAAGCUCCCAUCUGGAGCCAAGAAGAUUGUGCCAAGUGGCUGCCGUGCCAUGGUUGGCCAAGUUGCUGGCGGUGGAAGGACAGAGAAGCCCAUGUUGAAGGCUGGAAACGCCUACCACAAAUACAGAGUCAAGAGAAACUGCUGGCCUGUGGUGCGUGGUGUUGCCAUGAAUCCAGUGGAGCAUCCCCAUGGUGGUGGUAACCACCAGCAUAUUGGUCACGCCAGUACCGUUCGUCGUGAUGCGCCACCUGGGCAAAAGGUUGGUCUCAUUGCUGCCAGAAGAACUGGUCGUCUUCGUGGUCAAGCUGCCGCCACUGCUGCCAAGUCCGACAAGGGUUCUUAGACUCUUAAUAUUUAGUGAUGGAGAAUUGGUUUUUGUUGCUGUCUUUUAUUCGGAUUAAUAUGAAUUAUGUUUUGCAUGUUCAAACUCUAUGUUCUUAUUUUGAGGAUAUACUCGGUUUUGUUUGGAAUCUUGAUAUGUUUAAGUUUUAUUUCAGUACUUGUUUGAAUUUUGUUGAAGUUUA